AUGACGGUGGUGGGUCGAGUACCACAUGUAGUUGGUAGCGCCACUUGUGGACGGAGCACCACCUGGAUGCAGCACCACCUGUGGACAGCAGUACCACCUGUGGACGGCAGCACCACCUGUGGACAGCAGUACCACCUGUGGACGGGCACCACCUGUGACAGCAGUACACCUGGGACGGCAGCACCGUGGACAGCAGUACCACCUGUGGACGGCAGCACCACCUGUGGACGGCAGCACCACCUGUGGACGGCAGCACCACCAGACGGACCUUGGAUUCAGCAGCACCACUUGUGGAUGGCAGCACCACUUGUGGACGGCAGCACCACUUGGGGACGGCAGCCACCUGUGGACAGUGCACCACUUGUGUACGGCAGCACCACCUGUGGACGCAGCACCACCUGUGGACUGCAGCAACACUUCACCACCUGUGGAUGGCAACCACCGUGGACGGUAGCACCACCUGUGGACGGCAGCACCACCUGUGGACGGAGCACCUGUGGACGGCAGCACCACCUGUGGACGGCAGCACCACUUGUGGACGUGGAGGGCACCACUGUGGACGACGGCAGCACCACCUGUGACGGCAACACCACCUUGGACGGCAGCACCACCUGUGGAUGGCAGCACCACCUGUGGACGGCAGCACCACUUGUGGACGGCAGCGCAUUGGAGGCAGCACCACUGUGGACGGCAGCACCACUUUGUACGGCAGCACCCGUGGACGGCAGCACCACCUGUGGACGGCAGCACCACCUGUGGACGGCAGCACCACCUGUGGACGCAGCACCACUUGUGGACGGCAGCACCACUUGCACGGCAGCACCACCCGUGGACGGCAGCACCACUUGUGUACGGCAGCACCACCUGUGGAUGGCAGCACCACCUGUGGACGGCAGCACCAUCUGUGGACGGCAGCACCACUUGUGGACGGCAGCACCACUUGUGACGGCAGCACCAGCUGUGAUGGCAGCACCACGUGUGGACGGCAGCACCACCUGUGGACGGCAGCACAAUUUGUGGACGGCAGCACCACGUGUGGACGCGCACCACUUGUGA